AUGAAAAAAUUAAAUAUUCAUUGUCUUAUUCUUAUUUUUGAUGAAUUACGAGCAGAUAAAAAAUCAUUAUAUUCCUGUCUUUUAGUUAAUAAAGAGUGGUGUUAUUUGGUGAUUCCUAUGUUAUGGAAGAAUUAUCCAACCUAUUUUAUAAUGAUAAGUGAAAAAUCGAGAGAAAAAUUUUCUAAUAUAAUACUUUCCUGUCUACCAAAAUCUUCAAAACAACUUUUAUUAGAAAAUAAUAUUAAACUGCCUCAAACAAUUCUUUCAAAAACCCCAACAUUUAAUUAUGUCAGCCUUUAUAAAUUUUUAGAAGCUAAAAUUAUUAAUAAUAUUACAAAUGUGGUAUUUAAAGAUUAUUCGAAAAAAAGAAAUCUUUUGGAACAAGAAAUUUACAAGUUGUUUGUUAGUCAAUGUAAAGGCAUUAAAGAAUUGGAAUGGCAAACUUCCCAACCUUUACCAUCAUUUCCGGGAGCUUUGACAUGUUUCUCUAGACUCUAUAGUCUACAGGUUGAUCUAAGUCAUGUAAAUUCCAAUAAUCUUUAUGAGAUGGCACAUAUUUGCAAAGAUUUGGGUGAAUUAACUAUUUGUGGCUUUUCUCAAGAUGUUCGUGGAUUAACUUUUUUAAUUAAUGAACAAAGAAAUUUAAAAAGUAUAACACUUAAUGCUAAGAAAGAGUUGUGUCAGGAACUAAGCAAAGUAUUAGCAAGAAAAGGUCAUACAAUUAGUAAUCUUUCUUUAGUUGGUUCGUUUGGCUUUAUUUCACAUUCAUUUUUAACAUCACUUGUCAAUCUAAAAAAGCUAAAAGUUUGCUAUUGUUUUGUAAAAUAUGAAGAAAUUGAAGAAUUCCAAGAAUAUUUAGCAAAUUCGAUAUUCCCAGAACUUCAAUCUCUAGAAAUUUAUUAUAAUUUAUUAUGCCUUAAAGAAUUUGCCAAGUUAAUUAAAAAAACUGAAGGAAAUAUUUCAAAUAUCUCUGCUUUAUCUUUUCUUAAUUUUAACUCAUCCGCUGAGUAUACAGGAAUUUUCCUAAAAGCAAUUUCUAAUCAUUGUCCAAAGAUUAAGAAUUUAGCUACACAUAUUGGACCUGAAGAUUUGAAAUAUGUAAAAUCAUUAUUAAUUAAUUGUAGAAAUUUAAUAAGUUUAAAUCUUGAUAGUUUAAGGGAAAAUAACAAUAAUAUAGGAGAUGAAUUACUAGACAUUUUAACUAAAUUUUCUCCAAGAUGUUUAACUAAUAUAAUGAUUAGUGGAGAUUGGAAGUAUUCUAUUGAUUCUUUUGAAAAUUAUUUUGAAAGUUAUAGGGAACAAAAAUCACUUCGGUUUAUGAUUAAUUGUUUAAAUGGAAAUAAAAUUACACCCAUACAUAUAGAAGUUGUUAGAAAAUACUAUGAAGAAGGGAUAAUAAUAAGUUCAAAUCUAAUUAUUAAAUGAGCUCAAAUUUUCUGUCAUAUACCUAAUUAAAGAUAUUACGCUUUAUAUUAAAUGAAUCAGGCAAUUUGUUAAAUACCUCCCAUAUUCUUAUAAAAAAUUUGAGAUGAAAACCAGAGGAUUCA